CAGCCCCCGCGGAGGGGGUGUGCGUACAUGUCCGGAGGGUAGGGGGAGGGCAUUUGUCUCCUGUUCAAGGAGGGGGACGCCUUUAAGCCGAAAUCCCGCCCCUCGGUCGUCAUGGCAACGCCUCCCCCUACCCGGGGCUCCCACAUUUCAGCAGGUGCUAGAGCCGGAGCUCCCGCCGCCGCCCGUGCCUCCGGCAGCUCGGACCACUGCCCUCGGCUCUGCACCCCAGUCGCCCGCACCCCCUGGGUGCUCUCGGGGGGGGGUGCGCUGCCUGCCCCGCGCGCUCACUCCUAGAGGUGCCUCGUCCCUCUCUUCCCCUCCUCGGGCUCUCCCCGUGGCUCCGCUGCUCUCCCGAGUCUCCGGCUCUUCGCCUUUCCACCUGUUCCCCCAGAAAGGCAGGAUCCUGGUCCCUGCGACGUUCCUGGGGCCAUGGCAGGCCUGGGCCCCGGCGGAGGCGAUUCAGAGGGGGGCCCCCGGCCCCUGUUUUGCAGAAAGGGGGCUCUGAGGCAGAAGGUGGUUCACGAAGUCAAGAGCCACAAGUUCACCGCUCGCUUCUUCAAGCAGCCAACCUUCUGCAGCCACUGCACCGACUUCAUCUGGGGGAUUGGAAAACAGGGCCUGCAAUGUCAAGUCUGCAGCUUUGUGGUUCAUCGACGAUGCCACGAAUUUGUGACCUUCGAGUGUCCAGGCGCUGGGAAGGGCCCCCAGACAGACGAUCCCCGGAACAAGCACAAGUUUCGUCUACACAGCUACAGCAGCCCCACCUUCUGCGACCACUGUGGCUCUCUCCUUUACGGGCUGGUACACCAGGGCAUGAAAUGCUCCUGCUGCGAGAUGAACGUGCACCGGCGCUGUGUGCGCAGCGUGCCCUCUUUGUGUGGCGUGGACCACACGGAGCGUCGCGGACGCCUGCAGCUGGAAAUCCGGGCUCCGACCGCGGAUGAGAUCCACGUCACGGUUGGUGAGGCCCGUAACCUCAUCCCAAUGGACCCCAAUGGUCUGUCGGACCCCUAUGUGAAACUGAAGCUCAUCCCAGACCCUCGGAACCUGACAAAACAGAAGACCCGGACGGUGAAAGCCACGCUGAACCCUGUGUGGAAUGAGACCUUUGUGUUCAACCUGAAGCCAGGGGACUUGGAGCGCAGGCUCAGCGUGGAGGUGUGGGACUGGGACCGGACUUCCCGCAACGACUUCAUGGGCGCCAUGUCUUUUGGCGUCUCAGAGCUACUCAAGGCGCCGGUGGAUGGCUGGUACAAGUUACUGAACCAGGAGGAGGGCGAAUAUUACAAUGUGCCGGUGGCUGAUGCUGACAACUGCAGCCUCCUCCAGAAGUUUGAGGCCUGCAACUAUCCCCUGGAACUGUAUGAGCGGGUGCGGAUGGGUCCCUCUUCCUCUCCCAUCCCCUCUCCAUCCCCUAGUCCCACUGACUCCAAGCGCUGUUUCUUCGGGGCAAGCCCUGGACGUCUGCACAUCUCCGACUUCAGCUUCCUCAUGGUUCUAGGAAAAGGCAGCUUUGGGAAGGUGAUGCUGGCUGAGCGCAGGGGCUCUGAGGAGCUCUAUGCCAUCAAGAUCCUGAAGAAAGACGUGAUCGUCCAGGAUGAUGAUGUGGACUGCACCCUGGUGGAGAAACGCGUCCUGGCCCUGGGGGGCCGAGGCCCAGGAGGCAGGCCCCACUUUCUCACCCAGCUCCACUCCACCUUCCAGACCCCGGAUCGCCUGUAUUUUGUGAUGGAGUAUGUCACCGGGGGUGACUUGAUGUACCACAUUCAGCAGCUGGGCAAGUUUAAGGAGCCCCAUGCAGCGUUCUACGCAGCGGAAAUUGCCAUAGGCCUUUUCUUCCUUCACAAUCAGGGCAUCAUCUACCGGGACCUGAAACUAGACAACGUGAUGCUGGAUGCUGAAGGGCACAUCAAAAUCACUGACUUUGGCAUGUGUAAGGAGAACGUCUUCCCCGGGACCACGACCCGCACUUUCUGCGGAACCCCAGACUACAUAGCCCCCGAGAUCAUUGCCUACCAGCCCUAUGGGAAGUCUGUUGACUGGUGGUCCUUUGGGGUUCUGCUGUAUGAGAUGUUGGCGGGACAGCCCCCCUUUGAUGGGGAGGACGAGGAGGAGCUGUUUCAGGCCAUCAUGGAACAAACUGUCACCUACCCCAAGUCACUUUCCCGGGAAGCUGUGGCCAUCUGCAAGGGGUUUCUUACCAAGCACCCAGCGAAGCGCCUGGGUUCAGGUCCUGACGGGGAACCCACCAUCCGUGCGCAUGGCUUUUUCCGCUGGAUCGACUGGGAACGGCUGGAACGGUUGGAGAUCCCGCCUCCGUUUAGACCCCGCCCAUGUGGCCGCAGCGGCGAGAACUUCGACAAGUUCUUCACGCGGGCGGCGCCAGCGCUGACCCCCCCAGACCGCUUAGUUCUGGCCAGCAUCGACCAGGCCGAUUUCCAAGGCUUCACCUACGUGAACCCGGAUUUCGUGCACCCGGAUGCCCGCAGCCCCAUCAGCCCAACACCUGUGCCAGUCAUGUAAUUCCCAUCCACUGACACCAGGUGUCUCCACGGCUCCUUCCUCCGCGCCAGCCUCGGCCCCACUUCACCACCCUCUUUCCAAUUCUAGAUGCUGCCCCCCAGCAUUCUGGCCCCUGCCCCUUGGGUGCCAGAUGCCCCUCAAGUGUUCCUGGAAUUCUCAACUCCAUACAGUCUCUAGAGCCUUCCUGUGCUCUACAUUCUGCUGCGCUGAGCCCUAGAUUCUCACUCACCUCGGUGUUCUGGACUCUGCUCCACCGGAUUCCGGAACCAGCACCCACCAUCCCCUAUCCCAUGGAGUUCUAGACUCUAUCUUGGUAGACUCUCUGCCUCUCCUUUUUUGUUUUUUUUGUUUGUUGUUGCUGUUGUUGGAAAUAGUCUCAUGGGGUGGGCUGUUCUAGACUGGAAUUCUAGGACAACUCCCAACCUCCGAGGCCCCGCCCACCCCCACUCCAUUCUGGAGUAAGUGGGAGGCUGUGCCCCCGUGCUCCAGUGCCCUCUCCCAUGCCCCAGGGAUUCCUGGGUUGUGGGGAGGAUCCUUUUCCCAACUGUUCUCAAUCAGCUUUCGUUCUAGACUCCCCCAUCCUAAACCCAUCCCUGCCCACCUGCCAGGUGCAUGGCUCCAUUCCUGCUCGGAACUCCUCCCAUGCCUGCCACUUUCGGGGACCGCCCCCCAUUCCUCUUCUCUUUGCCUUUUCCUCUCGGCCACAGCUGCUGGAGAAUAAAUUUGGGAUGCUGACGCUGA